AUGGGCAACAACAGUGGACAAAAGAGGAAGCAAAUGAGAACGGACCCCCCACUCACUUUCAUGACGGUCAGAAGCUUUGCAGCAAUGGAACAAGCACAAAAAUUGGACUUCUCAGUGAACGAGGUGUACCACUUUCCAAAGAUUCACUACGCCCCCAUCAAGAUUGGAGGAAUCAAAGACAGUGUCAACAUCAAGGCAAUCAUUGAAUACUACACCCCUUUUGCCAACGAGGAUGGAGAAAAUCACACGUUGAUGAUCGGAUUGAUGGAGCAACUACCCAUCAACACACUCUUUGGAUUUCCAUUCAUGUUGAAGGCAAAGAUGGCGCCAGACUUUCAUCGAAAAACAGUAACUUCAAGCCUCUUCAACCAAGAGUUUGAACUCACCAUGGAGCGACCCACAAUGCUUCCAGUGGAACACACCAACAUUACACCAAAGAACACAUAA